UUACAAUGGUAAAGCUCAAAACGGUGUCGCGUUACUAAACACUGAAGGACUGAACAGAUCAACAGUUUCUGUUAAAUGAGAACGGUGCUCGACAAACACGGCCAAACGAUAUUGUUUCGGUUAAAUGAGAACGGUGUUGGUGAACAGUGUUCGUUAUGACUAAUUCAGACUAGCCAACAUUCCAUUUCCACAACAAAUUUCCAAUUUCUUGUGAAAACUCACUCUCAAAUUUUCCCAAAGCGAAAUUCUCUCUCUCACACACACUGCACACAGAGAAUCGGAAGCAGAUUGGAGCAUGAAGCGGCGACAAGAGGAGGAAGAAUCGGAGAGGGAGGGAAUUAAAAGAUCAAAUAGUUUGACUUGCCUAUCAGGUACUCGACAAAAGUCCCCAACGAAUGCUGACAUUAUUAGCACACUACCGGACUCUCUCCUCUUGCACAUCUCUCCUUUCUUCCAACCGAAGACUCUGUUGCAACAAGCAUUUUGUCGAGCAGGUGGAGGCCUCUCUGCAAUCAAGUCCAAGUUCUUAACUUAGACGAAUUCUCACUUGUUAAGAGGUUAGGCUGUUACAAAUUUGAGGAUAUAGUGUUCCGGAUCUGGUAUCGACUCCGCAUAACUAAUCCCUACCCGCUACGUGGGUUGUGCCUUUGUUGGGUUCACAAUUGCCGUCUAUGCUUUGUCGAGACAUGGCUCUUUAACCGCAUUCAAUGUGGUAUGCAAGAACUCAAUCUCCAUAUUGAACCUAACCCAAGUUAUAAAUUGCCCGAUAGUGUUUUCUUUUGUAGAACAUUAGUGGUUCUCAAAUUGGAAGGUGCGAUUAUUUUCAAUCCUCCUAGAUAUGGUUCUGAGUUCGCAGGUCUGAAGCUUCUAAAACUCAAGGUUUUCUAUGCAAACAAAGACUCUCUCUCCACGUUCCUAGCUGCCUGCCCAGUCCUCCAAGAUUUGACCCUUGAGAUUACUUACGAUAGCGACGUCGUGUUUGAAGGCAAGCUCAAUAUUAUUGUGCUCAUACCUACACUCAAAAGAUUUCAUUGCCAUAUUCUUUUUAGUACACCACCAUACAAACUCAAGAUGAACACCCCCGCUCUCAAAUACUUUUAUUUCAAAGGUCCUUUGACAAACGAUUUUGUGGUGGAAAACAUGCCCACCUUGGUUGAAUCAGUCAUUGGAGUUGAAGAGGUUAUUGCGAGUCUUGAAGAUUAUGCAAACAGCGCACGUGACUUCAUCAGACCACUCUAUAAUGUUAAAUCGCUGGAAAUGAGCGUAGACACCGCAGUGCUCCUCCUCCAUGCUUCUGAACCUGAUGGCAUUACAUUGUUCCAUGAUUUAUCUUCGUUGAAGUUUUGUGGUGACCUUACCUGUGAUCAUGCAUGGCAUGCAUUACGACUUUUAAUUGGUCAGGCUCCAAAGAUUCAAAUACUUGCCUUUGAAUUGACGGAACAGUUUCCAUGUGCUUAUAGCCCACUUGAGGGUUUCUUGGAGGAGCCACAGGAUGUUCCUGGAUGGCUGUCAUCACAUCUUACAACUUGUCAUUAUGAUGGGUUUUUAGGGUUUCCAGUUGAGAUGGAACUUGUUAGACAGAUCCUGAAGGCAGCAAGUGUGUUAAAGACGAUGAAAAUCGUUAUUGAUAGUCAUCUAUACUCAAAGGAGAAGCUUCGAAUUCACGAGGAAUUAGGGAACUUCCAAAGGACCUCUCAUAUUUGUCAAAUAGAAUUUGACGAAGGACAUUUCAAAGUUUUUGACAUUUUAGAUGAGCUUGGUGUUUUUGACGAUUUGCUAGAAUCUGCAAUUUGAAAAACUCAAGCUCACCCUUUGGAUUAAGCCUGUGUUAGGAUCACUAUGAACAGAAUAUUGAUACUGUUGUUGCAGGUGUGCUGAUGUUACAAGUGUGUUGUUGGCUGAGAUGCAAGUGUGCUCUUGACUAAGAUGCAAGCUAUUGUGACACGUGGGUGACAGAAUGUAGAAUUGGAACGGGUCAUGUGCUAGAAUUGUAAUGAGUCAUAUGCUGAAUUGUAAUGAGUCGUGCGGGAACAGUUAGUUGUAAUUGACUAGAGUCAGUUGUAAGAGAUAAUGAGAGAUAUGAAAAAGAAUUUAGGCAAACUACUACUUGUUUCUCUUAACCAUUCUUUAUCUCUUCCACUCUUCAUAGUAGGCCUGGUUUUCCUCGAAUUCAACCAUCCUUAUAGACCUAUUAUUUAUUGUUAAGAAAAACCUUACAGC